CAGCGCAAGGGUUAGUUCACGGGCAUUUAUUCUGAAAGUUGUUGCAGCAGGCGUCCAUCACGCUGGUGUCGCUAUUUUCAACUGCCUCACCAAGCUAAAGACUCACUCAUCACGUCUGUAAUCGCAACACAAGAUUGUUGUCUUGGUUUCCCAGUCUCCAUUCCUUACUGAUGAGGGACUUUCGGCCCGACUGACGCAGGGAGAUGGGGGUACACAAUAUUUCAGACCAGCCGCCUCUGGUCCAGGCCAUAUUUAACCGAAAUGUGGAUGAAGUGAAGUUAUUUUUGCACAAGAAAGAUGAAGUCAAUGCACUGGACCAAGAGCGCCGUACACCUCUUCAUGCUGCUGCCUGGCUGGGGGACGUUCAUAUAAUGGAGCUUCUCAUCAGCGCUGGUGCAAAUGUCAAUGCAAAGGACCAUGUGUGGCUAACACCACUGCACAGAGCAGCUGCUUCCAGAAACGAGAGGGCUGUGGGGUUGCUGCUAAGGAAGGGAGCUGACGUUACCGCGCGGGAUAAGUUCUGGCAGACACCACUGCACAUUGCAGCGGCCAACCGAGCCACGCGUUGCGUCGAGGCCCUGCUGCCCCAUGUGAGCAGCCUGAAUAUGGCCGACCGCACGGGCAGAGCGCCCCUGCAUCACGCUGCUCAGAGUGGAUUCCAGGAGAUGGUUAAAUUGCUGCUGAACAGGGGAGCCAAUCUGAGUGCCAGUGACAAGAAGGACAGGCAGUCUAUUCAUUGGGCUGCUUACCUUGGACAUCUGGAGGUGGUUAAGCUGCUGGUGUCUCAGGGCUCGGAUAAGAGCUGUAAGGAUAAGCGAGGAUACACCCCUCUCCAUGCUGCUGCUGCCAGUGGCCACGUCGAUGUGGUCAAGUAUCUGUUACGCAAUGGAGCCGAGAUUGAUGAGCCUAAUGCCUUUGGAAACACUGCUCUCCAUGUGGCCUGCUACACGGGACAGGAGGCCGUAGCCAACGAGCUGGUCAACCGUGGGGCCAACGUCAACCAGCCCAACCACCGCGGCUACACACCCCUGCACCUGGCUGCCGUGUCCACUAACGGGGCUCUCUGCCUGGAGCUGCUGGUCAACAACGGUGCUGAUGUCAAUAUGCAGAGUAAAGAAGGGAAAAGCCCUUUGCACAUGGCAGCCAUUCAUGGACGUUUCACUCGCUCUCAGAUCCUCAUUCAAAACGGUGGGGAGAUAGAUUGUGUGGACAGAUAUGGCAAUACUCCUCUUCAUGUUGCUGCUAAGUACGGCCACGAGCUGCUUAUCAGCACCUUAAUGACAAACGGUGCUGACACAGCCAGACAAGGGAUUCAUGGGAUGUUUCCUCUACACUUAGCUGUGCUCUAUGGGUCCUCUGACUGUUGUCGUAAGCUACUUUCCUCAGUGUUUUCCUCUCAGCUCUACAGCAUUGUGUUAUCAAUGAGUAAAGAACACGUGCUCUCGGCCGGAUUGAAAGUAAAGAACACCCCAGUGGGAGGACCUGUCUACUCUGCGGCUGCAGGAUUUGACAUCAACUUUACCCCCAGAACAACUUUAGGGAGGACAUGUCUACACGCUGCUGCAUUUAACUCUGGAGGGAAUGUUGAAUGUCUCAACCUGCUCUUAAGCAGUGGAGCUGACAUGAAUAAGAAGGACAAGUUUGGAAGGACUCCCUUGCACUAUGCGGCUGCUAACGGGAGGUAUCAGUGUGUGGUGGUUCUGGUAGGAGCGGGGGCGGAAGUCAACGAGCGUGACCGCUCUGGCUGUAUACCUCUACACUACUCGGCUGCAUCGACUGCAUUCUGCAGAACGGACCGACCCCAUGCCACCACCCAUCAGAACCAAGAGGAUGGGGAGAAGGAAUCCUUCCUGUGUGUGGAGCAUUUGUUGGAUAAUGGUGCUGAUCCAUCUCUGUGCAACACUAAAGGAUACAGUGCUGUGCAUUAUGCUGCGGCCCAUGGCAACAAACAAAACCUGGAGCUGCUUUUGGAGAUGUGCUUCAACACGCUAGUAGACAAGGAGAGCAACGGGUCUGUCAGCCCACUGCACUUGGCGGUGGAGUCGGGUCACUGGGAAUGUGUCACCGUGUUAAUUGAGUCUGGAGCGUAUGUGGAUGCCUGUGACCCAGUGGGGCGCUCUGUGCUGUAUGUGGCCUCUCAAAAAGGACAUGCUCGCUGUGUAGAGCUGCUGCUCUGCCAAUCAGCAUCUUGCCUGCUUGCAGAGCACCGCAGCAAGUGGGGCCCUCUUCAUGUUGCAGCUGCCAACGGCCACUCAGAAUGUCUGCGGAUGCUGCUCUGUAGCGAGAGGGGUGCCGACCUUGUUAAUGUUACAGAUGCAGAGGGACAAACUCCACUAAUGCUGGCAGUGCUGGGGGGACACACUGACUGUGUGCAUCUGCUGCUGGAGAGAGGAGCUUGCCCUGAUAUGAGAGACAGUAGAGGAAGAACAGCCUUACACAGAGGGGCGGUGAUGGGUCGGGAGGACUGUAUAACCGCCCUGCUGUCCCACAGUGUCUCAGUCCUCAGCAGAGAUUUUCAGGGGCGAACCGCGGUCCAUCUGGCUGCCUCUUGCGGCCAUGCUGACAUUCUCUCCAAUCUUCUUUCUGCUGCUGACCACUCCCAUCCCCACGACCCAAUCACAGACCGCCACGGCUACACACCCGCACACUGGGCAGCCUAUCACGGUCAUGAAGACUGUUUGGAUGUUUUACUUGAACUUAAACCAUGUAGUAUCCAGGAGGGAAACCCCUUCACCCCACUGCACUGUGCUCUCAUUAAUGGCCAUAGUGGUUCUGCAGAGCUGCUGUUGGAAUCCAGUGUUUGUAAUUCGCUGGUAAACAUCAGGGAUGCCAAAGGAAGGACCCCGCUUCACGCUGCCGCGGUUGCCGAGGACGUGGCUGGGCUGCAGCUGGUUCUGCGGCAUGGAGCUGACAUCAACGCCGUAGACCACUCAGGGCGUUCUGCACUGAUGGUGGCCGCAGACAAUGGCCAAAGCGGUGCUGUGGCCCUGCUGCUGCACAGAGCCAAAGCCGACCUGUCCCUCCUGGAUGUGAACAAGAACACUGCCCUGCACCUGGCCUGCAGCAAGGCUCAUGAAAUGUGUGCCAUGCUGAUCUUGAAGGAGAUCCACAACCCUAUCCUCAUAAAUGCAACCAACAGUAUGCUUCAGAUGCCCCUCCACAUUGCCGCCAGGAAUGGUUUGGCCACCGUGGUUCAGGCCUUGCUGAAUCGUGGAGCCACAGUGCUGGCAGUGGAUGAGGAAGGUCAUACGCCAGCCCUGGCUUGCGCAUCCAAUAAAGCUGUUGCCGACUGCCUAGCUCUCAUUCUGUCAACCAUGAAGCCUUCCUCCUCCACGCCCUCCUCGUCCUCACCGUCGUCUCCCAGCCUCAACCUGCUCAAGCACUGUGGCAUCACCGCCGCCUGUCCCCCCCUGCCCAAUGGAGGCCUUCGCCAUGGUUACGGCAAAGAUCGCCAUGGUGCUACUAUCGGCUUGGAUGGCUACUUGACCGAGUAAGGCGUUCUUACUCGCAAAAAAAAAAAAAGAAAGCGUGGUUGCUUGGUUUGGUCCUCUCUACACACCUAGAUAAACCUAUAUGCAAUUACAGCCACACAUCCCUCCUGUGCCAGUAUCAAAGCUUUUCUUCACAUCUCAGUAGAUAGCGAACACGAGAGGACGAAUUUAGCUAUUUAUUUUUAUUUAUUUUCCCCCGCUUUCCUUUUCCUCCCACCCCUUGACUCCCAUUUUAGAUGCUGUCCAUUCAGUACAAGUCUAAAAUUUUAACCUAAGCCAUCUAUUCAAACCAGUAUCCAUCACUGGCGAGUCAGUCCAUUAUUUCUUCUCCAUUUGCAGUAGAUUCGACUCGGUUCAUGUUAGAAUUAUGCAGCUGUGUGUCUCCAUGGUAACAGUGAUAAUGGAUGGGUUUCCAUAUCAUGCCUCCUAUUUGCGUGACGCUGUGGCCUUGCAUAGGAAUUUACAGCCUGCCCUGAGGAACAAUUUAAACGGGUUACACUAGGUUUGCAUGAAUUUGCGGGACCAUGUAUUUGAUAGUGGUCUUGUGUGUGUUUGUGUGUGUGCGUGCACGUGUUUGUGUGACAUCCACUUUUGCGCAACAGUCCAAGUUUUUCAUCCCAUACUUGUUUAUUACAUUUCAAGGUUUUUAUGUGAGGUGCAAUCUGAUUUAGCACUGAUCAGGAAAAAAAACAACCUAACAGAAUCAUAUUGACAGAAGGGAAACCAUACUACCUUAAGCCAAAAGACCAGUGACCUCCUGAGAGAGGGGUCUGAUAUAUAAUGCUUGUUUACUUGUUUGAGAGAAAAGGGAUAGUGUUUGGAUGGGUUUUGAGGUUGAAAAUUCAUAUUAGGUUUACAAUGAAGGUAUUAGGUAGUCCAGAUCACUGUUUAUAGGUGGGCAGAAGAAAGAGGAGUUAAGUGUCAUGAUUUUGGCCGUUUAAACAACAUUUUAGAAAGCACAAACAUCAUUACAGAUGCAAACGUCCUAAACAGUACUUGCUCCUUGGGACCUUUCGUUAUAUUUGUUUUGCUUUUUGGGCCUCAUAAAAUUUUCUUCAAUUAAAUCUACUCCUUUGCUAUAAUAUUAAGUGUGGAGUUGCUUUCACAGUGCCUACUGAAUUGAGUUUUGUCUACCUAGGGUCCAAUCAGUUAAAAACACCAUAUGCGCUCCCUUAAAGUCGUCGAAAUGGUGCUUCUACCAGUGAAACAUGAGUAUUUCACUAAAAUCCGUUAUGAAUUGAUCACCUGAAUAGAUGAACAUGUGAUUCAUGUAUCAGAACCCACUUGGGCUGUUUUAGACUUUGGGGAGUGUAUAUGUUGAGUGUUUACGCUGACUAGACCUUUUUUACAUUUGUUUAUGGUGUUGAGGAGCAGUCGUGGGAAUGACCAAAGUCAAGCAAUUUCUAAUUACUAUUUUAAUAGAAACUAAUAGAGAUCCAAAAAGGCAUUAUCUUUUCAAUUGAAGUACUUAACAUUCACCCCUGCUCUUUUUAAAAUGCUUCCUUAUUGCCAAAGGUAGAUUAAUUAACAAAGUUAAGAUUGUGCUUCCAUUAGGUUUUUUGCACCUAAACACAAAUCAAGAACAUUGUGAAUGAGUGUUUGAAACAUCCCUUUUCUUUUUUUUUUGUGCACCACAAACAGGCAAUAUAUGCUCAGUCAGUAAUGAGACAAUCAGUUGAAAGGGCUUUUAAUUUUGCCAUAGAUUUAUUUUUUUCAUAAACGCAAAAGCAUCAACAAAUUUUUUUUUUUGUUUAGGUUUUUUUUUUUCCAAUUAGGAAGAGCUAUACAAAUCUGUAUCUCUUAAUUCAAGAAUUCAUGCAUGCUUUCAGGCGUGAAAUGUGGACUUGUUUUCAAUUAUACCAAUACUAUUGCUUUCAUUACAGUAUAUCAGGAUUUUAGUGAUUUAGAUAGAGUAGCUUUGAAGUAUUGUAACAUUAACUGAUAUUUUAUGGGUGAAUGAAGGUGUGUAGAUAAAGGAAACUAAUGUAAGAUGUUUGAAGGCUGUGUGGAGAGCAUAUUUAUACUGAUUCACAAAAUGACCUCUUCGUCUUUGUAAUGACAGGUUUUGGCUGCUUAAACAAGUUUCUCCACUCCACGCAGACCUGAUAUAAAGCACUUGCUUAUUCAGUAACAAAAAAGGAUGAAAAAAUACACUUUCAGAUCUGUCACAAGCUGUAAAAGGGCAAAUAUCUGACCUCUACUUGCAAGAGUACAAAUGUGCAUGUGUGCAAAUCAGAUUAGUCAAGUUAUAUCGUAGUGUUUUGCCUGGGAAAUAUAUCUGAGUAGGCUACAUGACUUAGAGGAAGUCCCUCUUGGGAGUUUAAUUCAAGCUUAUUUACGUGUAAUUGAGCUUGACUUUAUCACGUACAAUAACUUUUGCUGCGGUUUGGUGGAGGGAAUCAGUGCGUGUGUAGACAGCACAGGGUACGAUAAUGAAGUGCAAGUUGAUGAGCUUGAAGUUAUUUGCACUGCCAGUUAUACUGCUUGUAGUUGUACAAAAAAAAUUUUUUUUAAUAAAUUUAGUCUAGCUAGUCGUACCACAUGUAGUUGAGUUCAAAGAACAAGUGCCCGUGGAGCCUGUGAUUAGUAAUACAUUUCAUUUUGGUGCAAGAAAAAGUGCUGCUUUCGAUUGUAUCUUGGAGAUAAUUUUUUAAAGGGGAUCUUUGUCUAUUUAUUAGCGAAAAUAAUUCUUAUCCAGCCAAAACAAAGUAAAACGUACUUGUUUUAAUUCCUCCAAUUUCUAAUUGUCUUAUUGGCAUUGCACUUAAAUCGUUGAAUUGUUUUGUCGAAUGUAUGCCAUGAUGGUAGCAGCUUGCUUCGAUGUUGGUGAAAAACUUGUAUGCAGUAGUUAGCGAUUAAAUAAUUAGCUUGACAACAGGAACUUUGGAACUGAACCCUUUCAGAACUUUUAAUAGACUGAGUUGGUGCAUUAGGUGUUCUGUGUACGAACAAUAAGGGAACCAGUCACAAAGUGGCAAGACUUUUUUGUAGGGUAGAGUACUAAUAAGCGGGGGUUUCCUCCCGAAAUCAUUUAGUGCCAUAACUUUUAUUUUUCCUUUCUCAUUUUGAUACGUUUGUAAAAAUGUGAAUGAAUGAUUCCUUGGGUUCAGUUUUUGAGUGUGCAUCAAGACCAUUACCAAAAAAGAAAAUGAACAAUGUCCAAGCUAACACAAGCUACUGUGCCCAUUAUAUUUUUUGAAGAUCCACAUAGUGUGUUAGUUAUUGUAAAAUGCCAGUACAUUCACAAUCAGACUGUCUAAAAAUCCCAGUAUGUUCGUAACUAAGCUAUAAAUUGUAUAAAUUGAGUAGCCGGAUUUGAGUCAUUCAGUCAAUGGCUCCUUCAAAAAUAUUUUAUAAAUGUUCCAUUGUAAUCAAUAGUUCCCACAAACCAUUGAUAAUUUGAGGUUUAUUUCUAAGCAAUGGAAUUAUGAAAUGCCUUAAUUUCAUUAUUAACUGAAGGGCAAAUUUGACAUUCACCAAAAUGACACAUUUACAUAGCUUUUCUUGUUUUAUUCUGGAUCAGCAAAUUGUGAGCCUUUUUUUUUUUUUUUUAAUGCAACUUUGCUAUGAAGGGCCAGCUUUCAUUGCCUGUUGACCAAGUUAUAAUGGUUGCAAUUACAUGCAGGCAGUUGGAAACUAGAGUCGUCUAAUAAUUGUAACCAUUUUGUUGGAAAGCAGAUUUAUUGUAGCUAACUCAGUGUCCUUAUUGUAUGUCCAUCCUCGCAUUUUUGUAUCAAUAUCAUUUUUUUUUUCUCGUAAAGGUAUUAAUGGCUGAUAGAAUGUCUGUUUUACCUCAGUGGACCUCAGCGUCCCUACUACUUGAAGACACACCCAUUUAAGGCAAUACUCAAAACACCCGUUUCAUUUAACCUAUGUCUAUCUCCCAACUUUUGCCUUAAGAGGAAACGGUAUAGUUCAGCAGUCGCUGCACUUGAGAGAUUUUGUCGUUAACCUGAGAUCUCAUUUCGAUGAGAUUCAUAAGAAGCACACUGUUCUAUAGGUUGUUUUGCUGAACGAUGUACCAUAAUGGCUUCUGGCCUCAAAAUAAUAAUUUUCAUGGAAUUUAUUAGGAGUUUUUGCACUAGAACAUAGAAAAAAAAUUGUCUUUUUUAAUACAUUUGUUUCAAAUCUUUAGCUGUAAAAUUUAUUUGGAACAGCUAAUGUUUGACCAACUUUACUCAUUAAGCAAAAAUCUGAUAAUGGUGGGUUUAGGUUCUCCUAAAUUAAGCAUUUAAAGUACUGAUUUAUAGAAACACCAAUUUGCAGAAAAAAAAUCAGUAUGGGAACACGGGUAGUGAAUGGUAAAAGAUCUGGGAAUACAUCUAAGAAUGUUUUAUCCAAUGCUAAAUUAUUUUAUACAAGACAGAGUAGAUAAAUUUUCCCCCCAUUUUUCUGUGUCUUAGUUGAAACAUUUAGGUAGUAAAUUAGUAAGUGUGUGGUGUUAUAAAUGCAAAUAUUUCUAACAAGGUAAAUAAGAAGAGCACAAGAAGAUGUGCUGUACAUAAUUCCUCAAGACGUAUGGUCAGAAUUGCCUUGACGUGGCAAUCUUACCUCGUAAACUAGCUGUCCUUAAAAUCUAUCGAGAGCAACUGGAAUCCUAAAGUCAUGUUCCAAGGCCUUGAAAUAGAAAACAUUGGCGUUUUCAAGGGGUGCUCUUGAACUUGAUGAUGUCCUUCACCCUGGCUUAGUGUUACUUCAUGUUUCUACUCAGUAAGCGCUAAUAGUUCAAAUUGUAAAUCUGCAAGCGAAUGAUCUAAUCGAAAAUAGCUGCUUUUUGUUGUUCUCGCCAGCAGCUUGUUUUCAUAAGGCUAGUUAGAAGACCACCGGAGCCUGACUGAAUGGCUGAUCUGACAGGGCACGUAGGGAUCCCUUUAAAAAACAUUUUCAUAUUUAAAAAAAAAAGAAGCUAUGCAGGAAUACUUUCUUUUAUCUCGUAGAGUUGCAUAGUUCAUUGACCGAUCACGGACCUUCAGAUGUUCAUCUGUAAAUCUAACACUGACCUUACAUGCUUGUUGGCUUCGGUUGAGAAAAUGACUGCUUUGCGUGGCAUGCUGCUAUUUCUUUGGAGUCUGUAAGCAUCUUCAUCAUCUCUUUAAAGUACUACACUUUGUGACGAGUAUGUGGGAUUGUGCCUUUUGUUAUCAAGUACAUGCCACAGGGUAUGGUCUUCCAUUAACACCUUUAGUGAGCCUUAUGAAUGAACAACAAGUUUUAAAAAUAGCCACCAUCCACGUGGUUGCGUUUUGAGCCGUCAAAACUCGCGAUCAAAUUUGUCACGACACCGCAGAUGAAUAAUUAACUUUUGUAAAUUGAAUGAAACCAUAAUGGCGAAACAUUUGAUCGGUUCUAGCUAGUGACCUGUUCAAACUCUGUGUGGAAAAAAAACGUGUUUAGUUUUACAACGUGUGAACUCUUUAGUGAAGUAGACGUGUGCCGUGUCGUUUUUGUGUGGUAAUGCAUUGGAGAUUAGUUGUAACCCAGUGUCUUGUAGAAUGUUGGCAUGACUCCUUUUCUCUAUGUUGUAUCGACGUCAAAGUAUCCACCUGAAAUGGACUGAAGUGCAAUAACUUUUUUUUGUGCGCCAUAGUAUCCUUAAUGGAGGAAAAUGCCCUCUUACAUCCAUGUUUUCUUUCUUCUUUAAGCAGGGUAUUUUAUUUCACUUAUUUAUUUUUUUGGAUUGUACAAAUUUGAACUCCUUCCUGCUUUGCCUCCAUAAGUGGCACUUUCUUGUGGAAUGUACAAUGGACUUGGUGGAAACUGUGAUGGGUGUCAAAGCCUUAUCAAUACUUCUCGCUUACUGGAAAAAUGGCAUUUCUGUUUGCUCAUCGGUUGAUAGGUCAGAGAGUGCCAUUUUCCAUGUACCUUCUCCAGUGCCACUUAAAGUCAGUGUCUGCUUUAGUGGCAUGUUAAGCAUUUGUGUGUGUGUGUGUUGGUGGGUGUUCAGACCUGUUCAUUUACCUCUAAUCAAUUGAUUUGAUACCAAAAUCGAAGCGCAUUGCCUAGAAUUACAAUUAUUAUUAUUAUUUUUUUGGAUUAGAGAGAGUUCUAUUUGGAAAUGGUAUCUUGAAUGUUGUUGUUGUCAGCAGUGAAAUAUGCAGGGUUUUAUUUCUCCCCACACAACAUUUGAACUUUGGGCCAUAUGUUCUGCGGUACCAAAGAACGUUUCAUUGCUUAUCUUUGGAUCAGUGUUUUUUGUUUUUUUUUGAUCUGACAUCAAGUUCGCAAUAUUUGUCAUUAAAUGUCUUCGCAAGUUUUAAAAAAUAAACAAAAAAGAAACCUGUAUCAUAAAGAAACAUUCCUUUUGAAUUACAUUGUACAAAGCAGAAAUACCAUUGACAACCAAUACCAGAAGUCAAAUAAUUAUCUUCAGAAAACCUUAAGUUGUAACUUACUUUAAGGUCCUUCAUUUUGGCUUCAAGCAAUCAAUGAUUUCAUAUUUGAUAUCACAGGGAGCACACUGAAUAAAGUAAUCUAGUAUUUCACAACAUAGGACCAAUGUAUGUCUCUGUAGAGAUGGCCACUUGAUUUCAUUCAAGAACAAGCAAUACAAGUAUCAAGAGACAAUUGUAUAUUUCUAAAGAUUUGUUGGCUCUGGCUGCUUUUGGCCUGGCUAUGUAAUCUGUGGCACCUUAGGUUAACACCCUCUUCUUGUAACUGAAUCCAACAUAAGAGAUUUCAGUGCUGAGAGAGCCUUAUUUCACUCAAACUGAAUGUGAAUUGGAUGCAUGCAGGAUUUGGCCAAUUUGAAGCGACUGGCUUUAAUUGAGUGGCUCUCCUGCGUCCCGUGUUUGAAUCCAGUUUCACUAGGACCCGCCGUCUUUAAGACUUUCCAAAAGAUUGCUGUUACGGAAAAAAAAAAAAGCUAAAAUACUACACUGUGGCUGUGUUUCCAUCGCCGAAAUGCAGAACCAAUCGGCUGAAAUGGAUUCCUGCUAAAAAAGGUUUACCAUCACUGCUUCCAAGCUCUGCUUGAACAUGCCAAGUUUUUGAAAAGCAUUACGACCCUGACUUUUUUUUUUUUUUUUUUUUUAAGACACAAAACUGCACUAUUUACUUGAGUAUUGAACUCCAAGCCGUUCUCUGCUAAUUGUUUCGACGAUGGAAACAUAGCGAGCGAUCGUGUAGGGCAACACCCAGUGUGUAUGUGUUGUGCGUGCGAGUGCGACAAACAGGGGUCAUAUCAACCCUGUAUACCUCAUCGACAUAUCUGCAAAUAUUCUUAUCCUGUCUUUAAGUUGAACGUGUAGGAGAUACCAUCACCAGCAGAAGCCUGGGACCAUUGCAGGGUCUACGACAUAACACCGAUUCCGUAUCAACCAAUAAGAUCACCACUUGCUUGCGUAAAACACCUGCCGCUCCGCUUCAGGCCUGACCCAUCACCGACACAAUGGUUUAGAAUUAGCAAAACGUGAGGCAUUUUAAGUAGCAUUAUCCUACCUCUGUGUUACAGCUUGAUGCAUUGAAAACUCCACCAAUUGUUGAUGACAAAAUGGAAAUAUAUAUGUGUAUGAACAGAUAUAUAACUUAUAACCAACAAUCGGUGAUAUAAGAUGACAGUUAGCAUACUUGACUGUGUCUGUCUGUGUGUAACAUGAUAUUUGUGUGAUACACAUAAGUGUAUACACAACAGAGUACCACUGGAAUGUGAAGCCAGACUGUAUUAUGAUUUUUUUUUUUUUUUCUUCUUCUUCGAAUCCAGCUUUCUCCCAAUUAUAUUUCAAAUGAUGUCAUAUGUGUCUUGCCUCUGUCGCUUCUUUCUUUUUUCUUUUUUUUUUUGACAAAACAGGGAAAAAUAUCAGCAUAUACUAGCUGGCAUUUACAUCCGUGAUCGUUUUUCCUUCCGUUUCUGUCUCUUUCACUUUUUCUCACUUCUAAAUGUUCACUGUGAGCGCUCUGAACUCAAGUUUACAGCUCUUCAUGGUAUGUACGUGUAUCUGGUCGAGUUCAGUAGAAUGCGUGGAUGGUUGUAUGACUUUGGUACUGAAGCAACAACUCAAUUUUCUACUGGUGGUGGGGGUUUGAAAGGGGGUUUGGUUGGUUUGAGUUAUGCACAUUCAUUCUGUACUAAAAUAUGGGGUAUGUAGAGUUCCCUAGCCUUACACCCUUCCAAAAACACUACUCCGGUCACUGACUAAUCCGCGUUAGCUAUCUGCCACCCUGCCAACUUUGUACCUCUGUACAUAUCCAUUUUGGACCUGUGGGCACGGGGCGAAUUCGGUGGAUUCUGCCUGAAUCUGUCAGGACGGUCACGUGACCCCCUCCUAGACCUGAGGAAGGCAAACCCUCACCCUUUCAACCCCUCAAAAAGACCUCAAGCCAUUCAUUUCCUUAUGUGACAAUGCAAUCCUGAAAGCACUUUGCCUUGUUAAUUCAUAGUAUGAGCUUGUGAAUGGUUACUUGUUACUAACAGAUGUUAAACUCUGUACAUGUAUUUAAGAAAGAAAGAACAUUAUCAUUUUUAAUUUGAGCUUAUUAAAAAUGAAUUGGUCUCUCUGACUUUAAAGACAAAAAAAAAUAAUAUCCCAUAUGUUUUUGUUAGUCAGGUUCAUGAACUGCUGCAGCCAGUAGAUCUUGUCAUUCAGUAUCGUGGCUUAGAAUUGGUAAUGUUGAAAUAAAAUGCUAUUGCUACAUAUAA